GCUAGGGCAAUUUGCUUUCCCAAAAAAUCAAAGAAACGACGUCUGUUGUUGGAUCAGCUUCGCUAUAAAGGUGACUAUAACCACAAUGUAACUGUCUUGCAGACAGGACAAGGGGAGUUAGUGACUUUUAGACAACCUACCGAAGAAAUAGAUCCACAUAAGUACUUGCCCUGCAAUUAUUGUUAUGGAUUUUUCCUAAAACAUUACCUCUGGAAGCAUGAGGUUUCCUGCAAAAAACGAAAGGGUCUCCCUCAGGAAGAAUUCAGGAAAAAAAAGAGAGUCCAAGCUGCAGCUUCCUGUCUCAUUCCAAGACAAGGUAAUACAACAGAGAGAUGUCGUAAAAUCAUUGGUAAGAUGCUGCAUGAUGAGGUGUCUCUUCACGUAAAAUCAGAUGCACUUAUUUGUGAGUAUGGCGACAGAUUGUUGGAGAAGCAUAGGAGCGAUCCAUCCAAAGAUGGUUAUGUGAGUCAGAAAAUGAGGGAGUUGGGGAGAUUUGUGAUUGCUGCAAAGGCACUAAACAGAAAGGUGAAAAAACUUGAUGAUAUCGUAGUUCCACCAAUGUUCAAGUUGGCUGUUGAUGCAGCUAAAAAGGCAUCUGGCUUCACCAAAUCAAAAUACCGCUAUGAUCGACCAUCUCUUGCUGUAAAACUAGGACACUCUUUAAAGACAGUUGGUGAUAUCUUGAUAGGCCAUUAUGUAAAAGCAGAAGACGAGGUAGCUGCAAACAGGGUCAGGAGCUUCCUGGGGUUACUGAGCUCAGAAUGGAACCACUAUGUCUCACAUCGUGCAAGGACAAACCUGGAAGAAAACAAGUGGUACAAAAAGGAAAUGAUCCCUCUCACUGAAGACGUAAUUAAACUUCAAAAAUAUUUGAAGUCCAUCGAAGAAAAUGCCACAGAGAAACUGAGAGAAGGUCCUGAUCCCAAAGCAUACGCCAUGCUAAGUGAAACCGUCCUCUCACAAAUUACACUGUUUAACCGGAGGCGCCAAGGCGAGGCAGCUAAAAUGCUACUUGAAACAUAUGAGAACAAAAACACAGAGGCACUAAAUGAGGAUGUUAUGCAGUGCCUCACAAAAUUGGAACGUGACCUGAGUAAAGACUUCACAAGAAUAGUGAUAAGAGGGAAAACAGGGCGAAAAGUACCAGUGCUGCUUACCAGAGAGAUGACGAGAGCACUGGAUUUUCUCAUUGAGCACAGGACGCAGGAAAAUUCCAUUCUUUACACCAACAAAUAUGUCUUUGCAAGACAAAAGUCAGACUCCCAUAUAAGAGGUUCCGACUGUCUCAGAAAAUUUGCAAAUCUGUGUGAUGCAAAACAUCCUGAGACCCUGACCUCAACUCAUCUAAGGAAGCACAUAGCGACUCUUUGUCAAAUAAUGAACCUAAAGGAUCAUGAGUUGGAUCAGUUGGCAAAAUUCAUGGGACAUGAUAUCCGUGUUCAUAGGGAAUAUUAUCGCCUAACUGAGAACACGAUCCAACUGGCAAAAAUGAGCAAGCUGCUUAUGGCGAUAGAAUGUGGAACUGCUGUUUAUAAAGGAAAAUCUCUAGAUGAGAUUGACCUUGAAUUAGAGGUUGCUUUGUGUAAUAAACCCAAGCAAGGGUGCAUUGCAGAAGAUGUCAUGAUGGAGAUGUCUACUGGACAAGAACAAGAUGGUAUGCAAGUCAUUAUAGUAGAGGUUAGGGUUCAAGUCUGA